AUCUCCAACACAGACAAGGCAGAGGAAAUCUGAAGACCUGAGAAUAUUAACCAUGAGCACUACUGCUAAUUUCUUUGUACUGUUCCUCGUUGUUAACUGCUAUAUAGGAGAAAUGCCAGGUGUCAGUGGAUUUAUCAAAAUUCUUCAUUUACCUGCGACUGUAAAAGUAGCAGAAGGAACACCUGCCGGAGUCUCUAUCUUUAACUUUUCUGUGAACUCGACAAUUAAAGAUGUAUCACUAGCUGCCAAAAUAGCAGAUAGCAAUCCAGUCAACAACUUUUUUGCUGUCUCUGUAAUGCGUGGUCUACAGCUGGAGGUGACAGUGUCACAAAACCCUGGACUGGACUAUGAAACUCAACCCACUUACAACUUACUGAUCUUCGUUAAAGAUAAUAAGGGGAACACAGACUUUCAAACACUUACAGUUUUAUUAGUUGAUGUUAACGAGCCUCCGAGAUUCCUGGAUAAUCUGGCAAAUGGAGCUGUGUACAUUGACUUUCCCGAGAAUUCAGCAGUCGGCACGAUGAUAUACGAGGUUCAAGCGACGGAUCCCGACAAAGAUGAUGAUGUUCUCUCUUAUUCAGUCGAUUCCUCUCUGGUUAUCAUUAACCGUAGUGGAAAAAAUGGGGCAAUUCUUGCCGCAAAAUCAUUCGAUUAUGAGAAAGAUCAGCACAGCUUCAGUGUGAUAGUCACAGUAAAGGAUGCAACAGGUAACAGCAUCACAGGGAUUAUUGUGGUCAAUUUAAUUAACAUAAAUGACAACUGGCCAGUCUUUAAGCAAAAUAAAACAAUAUUCGAUGUUUUGGAAGAAAAGCCGCCAAAUUCAGUUAUUGGAAAGGUUACUGCCUAUGAUCCUGAUGAAGAUGGUACAGCAGUCAGCUUGAUUUAUUUUAUGAGUACUCCAAACCAAUACUUUACCAUUAACUCAGUUACAGGUGAGCUGAUUGUAUCAGCAAUAAUCGAUCGAGAUAACGGACCUUUCAGAAAUGCUCCAACGCAUGAGUUUGAAGUUGUGGCUAAAGACCAUCCUUUUCAAGGGCAUACAGCCUCAAUGAUCAUUAUAGUCAACAUAAUAGAUGUCAAUGAUAAUCAACCCUUCUGUUUCCCACAUAUGCACAGUAUUCAGAUACCAGAAACAACCGAAAAGGGUACAACAAUUGUUACCAUAUCCUGCAAAGAUAAUGACGUGGAGCUUGCAAACAACCAAUUCACUGCUUCACUUCAGCCUGGUCUUGGUGCUGGUGGAAAGUUUGCUUUGAAUGGGAAGAAUAGUACUACUAUUGUGGUCACGGGUGAUCUGGACUUUGAGGCUGUUAGUAAUCUUGAAGAUUACAAAAUCUACAUGAUGUCUGUAGUUGUUACAGAUAUUACACCACCCCAUUACCAAGAUACAGUGACUGUGUACAUCACGGUCACUGCAGUAAGUGAGUUCCAACCAUCCUUCGCCCAGGUUUCUUACACCUUCAACGUCCCGGAAUUCAGCGGAAUAGGAACAAAGAUUGGACAAAUAUUUGCUGAGGACGAAGAUUUUCCAAGCCCGGAACUCACUUACUCAAUUGUGGCAGGGGGAAACACACUGGGCUACAAUCAGUUGUUUUGGAUCAAUCCGACAUCAGGGGAAAUACAUCUUGUGGCCCAACCCGAUUAUGAGGCAACUGCCCAGUAUUUGCUCACAGUGCAGGCUGUUGAUUUAGAUUCAGAUGUUCCAAAAGCUGCUACAACAACUGUCACAGUAAAUAUUCUUCCAACCAAUGAUGAACCACCUGCCUGUCAGCCAAAAUUUUAUUCUCUGGCAAUUCUUGAUGACACAGCUGUGGGAACCAAUGUUCAAGACUUCCAGUUAUCCUGUACAGACCGGGACUCUCCUCCUCAGUCUUUUCGUUACUUCAUUGCUUCAGGUAAUAUCAACAACCACUUUAGUCUCUCUCCAAGUGCUGGAUCCAACAUCACUAAGCUGAUGCUUGCCAUUCCUUUUAAUUACAAGCAAGGGAUUGAUAAAGUCACUGACUAUAAUCUCGUUGUUCAAAUAACCGAUGAUAAUCUUCUGGCUGGAAGCACAGGGAAAAAAGUCGUGCAAACAGGGAGAGUAAUGAUAAAUGUCAGAAUUAUUAUCUCUACAUCCAAUACUCAACAAUCAAUCACAACCCCAAACAUAACCUAUAUCAGACAGUCUCAAAACACAUAUGAAGCAGAUGCUUGGUAUGUACCAUUUGUAAUCACUGUGGGCUGUGUGCUACUGCUAGGACUGCUGGGAUAUUUGCCCUAUCUCCUGGCUAAGUAUAUCCGCUCCAUACCAAAGUCAUCAAAAAUCAAGAAAAAGCCAUUGAUGGAAAAACGAGAAUCCAGGAUGAAGAAGCAGCACGGUGUUAUUGUGGAAAUGAUCAAACACAAUGCAAUCUUUAAUGGAGAAGCAGUUGAUCCAGUCACAGGCAAUGUGUAUCAAUAUAACACAAACUCUGGAGCCAGGCGUUGGAAGGAUACGAAGUUACCCAUGAAAGACUAUGGGAAUGCUGAGGAUAAAACCAUUAAGUUUAAGCCCAAUGUAAUCAAAACCAACGAGACAAGUUUUACACAGCAGGACAACUUGGAGCCUCAUGAAGGGAAGAGUACAAUGCAGAAUAUAUCCACUGGCCAAACUUCUUCAAAACCUCCUCCCAAACUUGAGAAACAGAUCAAAAUUGCACCACAAAUAUCAAAACCAUCUCAAACUCAAAAUUCUUUGCCAGAUAUUUAGGGUUUGCUGAAACUUGGUAAGGAACAUCAAUGUUCUGCAAAUACAUUCCAUGACUAUCUUUUUAUUGCAGUCAUGUCAUUAAACAGCUUUGCACCCCACAGGUUCGUGAAGGACACAAACAAAAGUAGCUGGUCUUAUAGGUUUUUCCUUUACAAAUAAUGUCAGUGGUUUCAACAAGUCAUGUUUUACUUUUCUAGGAACAAGGAAAGAAAUACUUCAGAAGUUAAAAGUCUUAUGUUUAAGAGCCAACUAGACAAACUUCAUCAUUCUUGCUCUUCAGUUGAAAGUUCAAAAGUUCAAAGUAAUUUUAUUAUCAAAGUACAUAUACGUCACCAUAUUCUGUACAACCCUGAGGUUCAUUUUCUUGCGGGCAUACUCAACAGACACAAUAACCGUAAUAGAGUCAAUGAAAGACUGCACCAACAGGGAGGACUACCAGUUUGCAAAAGACAACAAACUGCAAAUACAGAAAGAGCGACAAAAAAAGAAAUAGUAACAAAUUAAUAAGCAAUAAAUAUCGAGAACGUAAGUUGAAGCACCAUUGAAAGUAAGUCUAUAGGUUGUGGGAACAGUUCAGUGAUGGGGUGAGUGAAGCUAUCUAUCCCCUCUGGUCCAAGAACCUGACGGUUGAGGGUAGUAACUGUUCCUGAACCUGGUGGUGUGAGCCCUGAGGCUCCUGAACCUUCUUCCUGAUGGCAGCAGCAAGAAGAGAGCAUGACCUGAUUGCUGGGAGUCCCUAAUGUGAAAAUCAAAGCAUUUUGUUUAUGUCCCAUCUAAAUUUCUAUCAAUAUUUCUCAGUCUUCAAUCAUCUUUGCAACCAGAGUGAUAAGCUUUCUAUGGCUCAUCAAUAGCUCCAUCCACAUACACUUAGGGCUGUUCUUGUUUUUAUACAAAAUUCUUAUGUUGGUUGUAGGCAAUCAUAAAUCUAUGGGGUACUUAGAUCCCGAUAAUAAAUGUAUAGAACACAUUGCAUUCAUAAAUAUGAGGAGUUUUCUACUUCUUCCCCCCCCCCACCCCUAUGAUCCCCACACCCAUCCUAGUAAGAAACAAAUGAAGGAGGUCUUCACAGAUACAAUUGAACAGGAGAUUUGCUCAGUAUCUGUUCACCCGAUCUGGCCAAAUACAAUUUUAAGUUCAUGUCCAAGAAAGGUCUAUCCUUUUGUUACUGUGAAUUUAGUUAAAACUCAUUAACUUCAUGGAGGAGAUUCAGAGUUAGUCUUAGUUGUAAACUGAUGAAAACUCAUCAUUAAAUUGAAAACCUUUACCUCUCUAGCUCCCUCUACAACUGGAUACUCGACUUCCUCAUCAGCAGCCCUCAAGCAGUGACAUCUCCUCACUGACUAUCAACAUAGAUACACUCCAAGGCUGUGUGCUUAGCCCCCUACUCUACUCCCUAUACACAUUUGACCAUAUGGUUAAGCACAACUCCAAUGUUAUUUUCAAAAUUGCCAAUGAGACUACUCUUGUUGGACAAAUCACAGAUUGUGAUGAGUCAACAUAUAGGAGCAAGGUAAGUCACCUGGUUGAGUGGUACCAUACAAACAACCUCGUACUAAACGUUGACUUCAGGAAGGGAAGAAGGGUAAACAUGUGCCAGUAUACAUCUUAGGACUAGCGGUGGAGAGAAACAGCAGCUUUAAAUUGCUGGAUAUUAACUUAUCCGCUGACCUGUCCUAGGCCCAACGCAUUUGUAAUUGUAAAAAAAAGCGUGCAGCAACUGUGUACUUAGUUGUCACAGGACAAGAUGGGACAAAGUCAGCAAAAUCCUGCCUGAUGAACCUGUUGGAAUUCUUUGAGGAGAUUACCAGUAUGAUAGAUAAAGGGGAUGCAGUGUUUGUUGUAUGUUUGGACUUUCAGAAGGCCUGUGACAAAGUGCCACACACGAGGCUGCUUACCAAGUUAAGAGCCCAUGGUAUACCAGGAAAGUUACUAACAUGGUUAGAGCAUUGGCUGAUUGGUGGGAAUAAAAGAAUCCUUUUCUGGUUUACUGCUAGUGACUAGUGGUGUUCCGCAGGGGUCAGUGUUGGAACCACUUCUUUUUAUGCUGUAUAUCAAUGAUUUAGAUGAUGGAAUAGAGGGUUUUGUUGCCCACUUUGCAGGCGAUCUGAGGAUUGGUGGAGGGGCAGGUGGUGUUGAUGAAACGGGGAGGCUGCAGAAGGACUUGAAGAAGGAAAAUAAGCAAGAAAGUGGCAAAUGAAAUACAAUGUUGAAAAAUGCAUGUUCACGCUCUUUGGUCGUAGAAAUAAAUGUGCAGACUUUUAUCUAAAUAGGGGAGAAAGUCCAAAGAUCUGAGAUGUAAAGGGACUUGGGAGCCCUUGUGUAGAACACCCUAAAGAUUAAUUUGCAGUUAGAGUCUGUGGUGAGGAAGACAAAUGCAAUGCUAGUAUUCAUUUCAAAAGGUCUAGAGCAUAGGAGCAGGGAUGCGAUGCUGAGGCUUUAUAAGGCACUGGUGAGGCCUCACCUUGAGCACUGUGAACAGUUUUGGGCUCCUCAUCUAAAAAAGAUGUGCUGGCAUUGGAGAGAGUUCAGAGGAGGUUCACAAGGAUGAUUCUGGGAAUGAAAGGGUUAUCAUUUGAGGAACGUUUGAUAGCUCUGGAUCUGUACUUGCUGGAAUUUAGAAGGAUGAGGGGCGAUCUCAUUGAAACCUUUCAAUUGUUGAAAGGCCUAGACAGAGUAGAUGUGGAAAGCAUGUUUCCAAUGAUGGGGAAUCUAGGACAAGAGGGCACAGCCUCAGUAUAGUGGGGCCUCCAUUUAAAACAAGAGAUGCAGAGAAAUUUCUUUAGCCAGAGAGUGGUGAAUUUGUAGUAUUUCUUACCACAGGCAGCUGUGGAGGCCAGGUUGUUGGGUGUAUUUCAGGCAGAGCUUAAUAGGUUCUUGAUUGAACACUGAAUCAAAUGUUAUGGGGAGAAGGCCGGAGAGUGGGGUGGAGAAGGGGGAAAACAAUCAGCCAUAAUUGAAUAGCAGAGCAGACUCGACAGGCCAAAUGGCCUAAUUCUGCUUCUCGGUCUUAUGGUCUUUUUUUUUACUCAAUGAGGUUAAGCUUCUCUUUGAACUUUAUAAUAAACUUCUUCAAGUGUACAAUUGAAUGUAUCCUGAUGGUUCCACCAUGGUCUGGUACGACAAUUUAACUGUGCAGGUAUGUAAGAAGGUGCAGAGAGUAGUGAACUUGUUCAAUAUUUCACGGGCACAUUCCUCCCGCCACACAAUUGGUUGGCAGCAUUGUUAGGAGCUGCUGUCUUAAAAAGGCAAUAUCUAACAUCAAAGAUGCCCACCAUCUGGGCAUUUUUUUCACACCUAUCAUUGAGCAAGGUACUGAAGCCUGAAGACCCUCAGCACCAAGAAGUUACUUCCCUUCAACCAUUCCGUUCUUGAACUAACUGGAAAAACCGUAAUCACCACAUUUCAACAACACCAUGACCACUGCGCUAAAACUGACUUUGUUUCCCUUUGUUCUAAUUGUGAUUUAUUGCUAAAAACAUUAGUGUAAUUAAAAGCAACACACACAAAAUGCUGGAGAAACUCAGCAGGUCAGGCAGCAUCUAUGGAAAUGAAUAAACAGUUGAUGUUUCGGGCCGAGACCCUUUACGAUUUUUUUGUGAAUGCCGCUUUUAUAAUGCUAUGUGCCUGAGAUGCAGCUACAACUAAGUUUUUCAUUGCACCUUUGCACACGUAUAAUUGACAAUAAAACCAAUAUUGACUUUAUAAUUGAUGCUGAACCUGGAUCUGGCUUCCUGACUGUUUGCACCUGUAGAUUGACAUAUUCAAAUUAAACUGAGGUCAUUAAAAGGAUAAUAUAAGUCUUAGAUUGCCAUCAUUAAUGUACAAGCAUAUGUGCUGAGCAAAGUUCAAAGUACUGCGUAUCUUGGAAAUGACUGCCUCGUCC